ACAAUGAUAUUAGAUUCUUUGUUAGUUUAAACAAUACAAACUUCUCUAUCUCAAAAUCAUCACAAAUCGGUAUUUGCAUCCAAAAAAUAGUUUAUCAGAAUGUGAUCAUUCGUUGUUAAAUAAAACAGCGGCAGUUUGACAAGAGAUUUAGUCUGGAGAAUACCGGUUUGACCUCUGACCAGUGAAUAAUUAUCAGCUGAAAUUUAACAAGUUUGUAGACUACGCUUAUCUCGGAUAUCCCUUUCUUUAAAAUAUUCCUAUCUUCGGAAAGGUAUGGAUUGUGAUCGAUUCGUCCAUCCGAUAGGAUAAGGCGGCUGUUGAGACGUUAGUUACCCGCGAACGCCGACAUAUGCUUCAAACAUCAAUCGGAUAUAACAGCUUUUGUUACCGUAUUUUUUUAGACAUUUGAAAUGAAUGUUUUUGUUCUUCGUAUCGAUAUGUGAUGAAUCAGAUGCGUUCGCAUGAUGAUGAAUUUCUAAUUUAGACCUCCGUAAAAUUGUAAUGUAACAACCAAGGGUUGUGAGAAUAAAGUUGCCUGCCAUCUUGUUCCAGACAUGGAUUCUUCAAAGUAUGAUCCUGAACAAGGUGCUAGUAGACACAAACGAAUGCCUAUCAAAAGGGUAGCUGUGUGUGAGGAAGAAAUUUGUUUAAAGAAAAGAAAAGAAGAUCAUCAAAGUCUCCCUGAUCAUGAAUCAUCUCAGCAGUUAUUGAAAAAGAGCUGUCAUUGCUGCAACCCACAUAUUUCAUCUGGAGGAGAUAACCCAUCAAGGAAAGAUUCUACAGUAACUGGUGCUUCUACAUCUGGCCUAGCAAAUGAUUUAAUAGCCUCCAGAAUUCCUCAGCAGUCUGAAGUCAUUCAUAAAGCUGGUCAUUCUCCAGGUGAAAUGGAAUCAAAUUGUAAACCAGAUCAGCCCAAUUCAGUAGAUAAUUCCUGUGUACAUUUAAGGAAAGAAAGCAGUUCGAGACCAGGUCAUGCUCUUCGUGACUUAUUUAAUGAGAGCAUUGAUGAAUAUGCGUUAUUUGUAAACAAUUGGAGGAUAUUUUAUUCAAAUCUUCCCAUGGAUGUACUGACAGAAGAGGAAACUAUUUGUAAGAAUAUUAGACAAGUUUUGGAUAAAGAAAGCAAGUUAAAGAAAACUAUCAGUCAAACUGAAUCUUUGAACAUUGACCAAACUUUAAAUAAAGAUGAAUUUCAGAAUCAUGUUGACCAGGGCAAUAAACAUUGCUAUGAUUUGGAGAACUUAGACUUUUGGGAAGAUAAGCAGUCAGAAACAGAAGGAGUUGUGUUAUUUCCACCAGUGAGUUCAACAUCAAUAAAUACAAAUACAUAUCUUUAUUCACAAUGUCCAGAAAGGGGCGAGUCAAAUUCAGUUCCAUUUAUACCAGAUAUCUCCAAGACUGAUAUUCCAUGGAAAUCUGAAGACUUAUUUAAAGAUGUAGAAAUAAAUUUUCCAAAAAAAAAUCAAAUGCCACCAUUCCCAAAAGUUCGUAUUCGUCUUCCAGAUCUUCUUGAGAAGACAGAUGAAUUUACUGAUUGUAAUAAAGACCCAUUAAACGCAAAAGACAUUUUUCAUUCCUUUGCAGAAAAUUUUCCUGGUGGUAAUAGUAAUUUUACUAAAAGGAACCCUUUUGUUAAUAUUUUCUGAUUUUGUAAAAAUCUUUCUAUUUUUGAUGAUGGUGAGGAUACAAAAAUGGUUAUUUGAGAAUAUGUUUGUCUCAUUUGCAGAAUAGUAAAAUAAAUCUAUUUUCUUUUAGCUGCAAUAUAAGAAGUUUUUUUUUUUUUUCUUUCAAUUUUUUUCUAUAAGAAGGAAUAGUGAACUGCGAGUUAUAUUUAGUAAUUUUGUGUUUAUUAAGUCUUUAUUUUUCAGAAUAUUCCAAAUUUCAUUUGUUUGCUGUAUUGGAUUUAGAAAUACAUAUGAUGUAACAGAUUUUCAUAAUAGUUAAGUUUUGAAACAUGAAAUUGAAAUACUACAUUUUGAAAUAAGUUCUUAAAAUAGUUUAUUCCUAUUUUAAUAUGCUAUAUCACUUUAUGGAGUUAUAGAAUACAUUGUAGUUUGUUUCAGUACUGACUUAUGCAAAAUGGCAUGGUAAUGAAAUAUAAGAUCUACAGAUCAAAACUUGAUUAUUUGAUUUUGUAAUAUUUGUACUGAUGCCUAUUAUAUCUGCAAACUAUUUGAUAUUAAUAUGAUGUACAAGUUUGGAAAAUAUCCCUUUUCUUUUGUUAUCUGGUUCUUGUUUAAAAAUGAUCUAUC